ACACAGUCUGGUCUGUGAAAAGUGGAGAGAGCCUUUUGAUGUGUUUCAUUCAACACGGAACUUUGAACAUGAUGACAUCUCCAGUGUUUGCAUGCUAUCUCACAUGUCUGCUCUUAGGGAGAAUGGCUCAGACAACUGAAGUGAAAUUGUCGUCGUCCGUGCGCCAAGAGAGUGGCUUAGUAUCGGCUAGUGUUGGUCAAAGCUUGACUUUACGGUGUUUCUAUGAACAUGAUGAUUCAACAAGGAUUUUCUGGUACAAGCAAAGUCUGGGACAGCAGCCAAGACUCAUCUCUACCCUAUAUGUGUUCAAUAAAAAUGGAACUUUUCAUGAUGAAUACAAGAACAAUCCACGCUUCACACUGGAUACUGACAUCACUGGUAAAAAUCACUUGACGAUAACAGAUCUCCACCCUUCAGACUCAGCUACUUACUACUGUGCAGGAAGGAAGUUAUUAACUGUUGAAUUUGCAGCAGGAAUUUUUGUCAGCAUAAAGGGUUCAGGUCUGAACAUCCCAGCUUCGGUCCAUCAGUCAGCAUCUGAGAGCAUCCAGCCAGGAGGCUCUGUGACUCUGAACUGUACAGUACACACUGGGACCUGUGAUGGAGAACACAGUGUUUACUGGUUCAAAACCUCUGAAGAAUCUCAUCCAGGACUCAUUUACACCCAUGGAGGCAGGAAUGAUCAGUGUGAGAGGAAACCCAACAACCAAACACACACCUGUGUCUACAACUUGCCAAUGCAGAGCCUGGAUCUUUCUCAUGCUGGGACCUACUACUGUGCUGUUGUCUCAUGUGGACACAUACUGUUUGGAGAUGGGACCAAGCUGGACUUUGAAGAUGAGGUGAACUCUCCUGUCUUGGUGUAUUUCUUGAGUGGAGCUUUGGCAUUCACCACCAUCCUGGUUGCUUUACUGGCUUUCUCAGUAUUCAAGCUAAUCAAGAGAUACAACUGCCAAUGUACAGAGUCUCAAGCAAGAUGUUCAGCUCCCUCCACAGCAAAUUCAGAGGAUCACCAAGAUACAGACAACCUCCAUUAUGCUGCUUUAAGUGUCAACCUGCCCAACAGAUCAAGAAGACAGAGGAACAGCACCAAUAAUGAAUGUGUGUACUCCAGUGUGAAGCAGUAGAACUGCAUGUUACAUUUGCACAGUGUGAGUAAGAUGGACAGUUGUUACAAUCUAUUUGAACAUGUACUGUACAUUUACAUAGAUUUACAAAUAAAUAUGUAUUUAUGUGUUUCUCUUGGUCUGAGAUGUGCAGUUUCAAAUAUGAAUAUACACCAUUUCCAAUAUCCAGUCACCAUGACUUCUGUAAAUCAUAGUGUCCAAUUUCACUUGUCAUUGCAAUGAUUUAUAUAACAACAACUAGCGUCAUGAAUAAAAUGAAAGUGGAAGAAAAAGUGUGGUCUAUCAAUCUGUCAGAGUAAUCUUUAGCGGUCUCGAGGCGGGUAGAUCGGACAGAGCUGUGUUUAAAAAAAAAAAAGAAAAAUGUCUGGCAGAACACUUUGUGCUACUAGGCUCAGUUUGGCUAGUAUCACAAAGUGUUCCACCUGGAUGUGACACAGGACUCCUGGUGUUAUAGUGCCACACAGGUGACUAAGUGUUUAGUCUGAAAGGCUUCGGUUUUCUUCCACAUUUUAAAUAAUUAUAAUCAAAUCCAAUCAAAAAAACAAAAAACAAAUAUAAAUAUGUAUUGGGGGUGGGUGCUGUCUUUUAGUGUCAUUUGGGCUCUGCGCAAGCACCUCACCUUUUAGUCGCCUGCUGCAGAGUCCUGUCAUUGGCCGUGCAGGACGUAUUUUUUAUUUGGAACAAACAGACAACUUAAUAGAUAUUAUUCUGGGGGAAAUCCCCAAUAGACCCGACACAGGAAACCUAUACAGAAUACCCUGAAUCGCAGCCAUGAAGCAAAUUACCAAGAACUGGCUAUCCAUCAGUGCAAAGAUGGAAAGUAACAAUAAAGGAAAUCUCAGUGAUGAAGUAUAAAAGACUGUGACGAGGCCAUGAAUUAGGAAUAUAGAAUAAAUUUGUAAAAUGUAUUUUCACACACAAAGAGGAAGAUGUCU